GCAGGUCUGUGCGCAGAAUCAAACUCGCGGAGCCUUUUUCCACUUCCAGAGCUGCGCUCCAACUUGAGGAGAAGAGACUCCCCCGACACCAUGCCGAUCUGCACGCGGCUGUGCGCGCUCCUGCUGACACUCUUGGACCCGGUUCUGUCCGGCAGAACGGAGGACAUCGAUGUUCUGGUGUUCCUGCCACAGAACAACUCCUUUCUCUUCUCCUCCGCCAGAGUGGCUCCAGCCCUCCGUUACGCGCAGCGGAGGCUGCAGGCGGGGGAGGGCAACUUCUCGGGCUUUCACUUCAACCUUCACUUCCAGAGCUCCGACUCUCCGAACGAAGCCCUGUUCGCGCUGGUGGACCGGUCCUGCGCGCGGAAGCCGGACUUGAUUCUCGGUCCCGUGCGCGAGUACGAGGCGGCGGGGGUGGCGCGGCUGGCGUCCCACUGGGACAUCCCGAUGAUUUCGGCAGGUGCGCUGGCGGCCGGCUUCGGGAACAAGAACUCCGAGUUCUCGCAGCUGACCCGCAUCGCCCCGCACUACGUGAAGAUGGCAGAGACCUUCAGCGCGCUGUUCGAGCGCUUCGGCUGGAGGAGCGCGCUGCUGCUGUACGAGGAGGACAAGCAGGAGCGGAACUGCUACUUCACUCUGGAGGGGGUCUACCACCUGAUGUCCGACUACCCCGUCAGUCAGUACCCCGUCCUGGAGGGGGAUCCCCUUCACGUGGACGAGAUCAUCCACAGCAUGAACGACUCUGAAGUGGUGAUCAUGUGCAUGGGAGCAGAGCGAAUCCGAGGCAUCAUGCUGGCCGCACACAGACACCAGCUGACCAGGGGCAGGAAGAUCUUUUUUAGCAUUGAACUUUUCAACGCUUCCAGUUAUGGCGAUGGUUCGUGGAGAAGAGAUGAUGAGCAUGACAGUGAGGCAAAGCAAGCCUACGCUUCUCUGAACACCAUCACGCUGCUGAGGACGGUCAAACCGGAGUUUGAAAACUUCUCCUUGGAGAUGAAGAGUUCUGCAGAGAAGGAGGGCAUCUACGACUGCAAAGACUGUGGAAGUGUCAACAUGUUUGUGGAGGGGUUCCACGAUGCCAUGCUGCUGUACGCCAUUGCCUUACACGAGGCCAUGAAACACGGCUACAGCAAGAAGAACGGGACAGAGGUGACGUCACGCAUGUGGAACAGAACCAUUGAAGGAAUUGCGGGUCAGAUAUCCAUUGACACCAAUGGUGACAGAAACGGCGAUUUCUCUGUGAUGGCCAUGACCGACGUGGAAACAGGAACCUUUGAGGUGGUCGCCAACUACUUUGGCGUGAACAGAACUCUGGAGCUGCUGCCGUCCUUCAGAGCUGAGCACUUCACCCUGAAAGAACGACAUGAAGCGAGCCCUCUGCCGCCGGAAAAGUCAUGUGGACUUGGAGUGUCGGCUUUGACCGGAGUCAUAGUUGGUGCUGUUCUGGGGGCGGGGAUGCUCGUUGCCUUCAACUUUUUCAGGAAAAAGCUGCAGGACUAUCAUUUAGCGGCGCACGCUUGGCAAAGAGCUUGAGCGUUCUUGAUGCCUCAGUGACAGACUCCAGCCUGUAAGGUUUCGCUGCGACCAAAGACUGCAGCAGCCCCAUGGGUCUUUGUCGUGUACAGUCGGCCCACUGAGUCUGGAGCUCCAGCACGGCUGGCUGUGAAGGACAUGAACGAUCUGACGUCUCACUUGCCUGGGAUGUUUUCACUUUCCUGCUUUUCUGGGUUAAACUGAAGUUCCUGAAACCACCCACGUUUCCAAACCAACAUGAGCUUCAACUUCAGCCUCUCAGCACAGACACUGAAAGUCAGAGAGACUGAUGAAGAAGACAGCCAAGAAGACCACGCCUCCAUCAGGAUGACGGAGAUCCAUCCAUCCUCAGGCCUCAUUGUGAGCUGUCUGGACUCUCCUGCAGGAUUGUACGUGUUUGUUCCAGCUGUAUCACCUCGCUGACCCAGUAAACUGCCCCCCCUCCCAUCUGAAGUGGAUUGGAUGGAUAGCAAUAAAUGACAGGAAAAAAGGGAAAUAAAAAGGAGACAGAAGAAGCAAUAAAUCCAAUUCUAAAUGUACAAAAUGUAUUUAUUGGAGCAUAUGUUUGUGUACUUUUAAUAAUAACUCUGGUGUUAAUGACU